AUGUCUCCCGGAAGCUUCUCCCAUCCCACACAACCCCGCCCACAGGUGUUCCGCGUGUUGCAACCAGUUCACCAGGUUGUGGCAGUCACUCUCCAGGUGUUCCGCAUUUGUUACGGCGUGAGGAGUGGGGUUAGUUUGCCACGACGACUGGCGGGUAGACAGCCUGCAGCAGACGAAGACCCCGUUCUGUCUGCCAUUCUUGACAUGUGUUUGGACAUGGAAGAAGAAGUGGGUGGCUGUCCCCAAGCUCGGCCAGUUCCGCAAGAGGAGCUGUCAGGACCGCAUUCCUCAUGGCAAUUACUUCCUUCGCUUCAGCAAGAGCAGCCGACAAGGUCUGCGAUUCCAUCUUCCUCAACUUGGGGAUCUCUCCAGGGACCUCCAGGUGAAGUGUCUCUUCAGCAGAUCCCACCUCCGGUUUUGCAGAAGAAUUAUCAUGGGGGUUGGCCAGUUGCGGAUGAGAUUGCUCGUGCCUUGCCCCUUGGAGGGCCGUCCAUAUAUUGGCAGCACUCUUCGAUGUUGCCUACCCAG